AUGAGCAUUAGAACAGACAAUCUUGAGCAUCUGCAGUCAGAGAGCGACAUCUUAUUCGCCCAGGCUCGGUCUUGCUACGCUCCGGACCCUGCAGAGGCCGCGAUUCUUGCUCGCCGCAUCCACGACUGGCAGGCAAUAGACGCGCGGCUUGAGCGCGAAAUCGCUGCACUGACGCUUCGGCGGCAAAUGUUUUCCACACAAAAUCUGUUUCAUAAGACUCUUCUCUCUCCUUGGCGACGAGUGCCUGUGGAGCUCUGGAUUGAAAUCUUCACGUAUGCCCUUCCUUCUGACUGGGCGGAGGCAUACGCUGGAAGACGCAGGCUAUAUAUGGCCCAGGUCUGCUGUGCGUGGCGCGACAUCGUCUUCGGAAUCCCGCGUUUCUGGAGCAUAUUCAGGAUUUUCCACAAAUACAACCCACCUGCUCGAUACGGACCUGCCAUCCGCGCUGAGACGGAGAGGAUACCCGUUGACGUGUCUCUCGUGCUCGACAUUGACAUGACCGACGAGUCGUCGAUGAGCGACACCGUCCUGCGCCAUCCCAACAGGGACAUUGCGCUGCCAGAAUCCUGGACCAUCGAAGACAUCCAUAUCGAGUGUGUCACCACUGCGUCGCGCGCUGGAGUCCCUAUAACGCCAGCCGUUGGUGCUGUCCUAUCUUGUCGAAACACCCUCCGUAUUCUGACUCUCUGGGGAUCGGCCUAUCAUUCGGGAACCACGAAAACAGCCGCCAUGUUCCCCGUCCUCGAAGAGCUGACGCUCGCAUAUGAUGCUAUCGACCUCGCCUUCGAGAUCUGCGCACCAGAUCUCAGGGCCUUGACCAUGAUCGGCGACGUUGACCCACCUUCGGAACCCAAUAGUACUUUCAAGGCAUACGUCGACCUCCUGAAAAGAUCGCCUGAGGUUCUCAAGCUAGAAUCCCUCGCUCUAUUGGACGUAGUGGUGGUUGCGGACGAGUUUGCGCAAACUCUUCGCCGCAUGCCCUCCCUCACUUCUCUUGAGGUCGGCGUGUAUUCUACGGAUUGUUACGACAGUCCGGCACCUCUCAAUCGAUUGACGACUUUACUCCAACGUCCCCACGAUCCACACCCAACGGACCUUCUCCCCAACCUCACGUGCCUGGUCAUCGGUUAUCGCAGACCUAAAGGUGCCUCGCACUUUGAAUAUAGUUGGCUAUUGGAUCGCCUGCGCGUGCUGGCUAUUACGAGGAGACCACUAUUUGUGGCGCACACUACAGGCUUUGCGACUCUCACUACGUUUGGUAAAUCGUACGAAAAUGUCCCGGACGAGUUGACCAUCGACGCCAUCCGGAACAGAAACAUACGGCCUUUCUACAUACGAGGUUGGUAGAACAUGCCGGUUUCAAGUCGUCACCACACACAUUACGCAUAUGGUUCUCGUUGAUAAGUAGAACGAGACAUAUCAUUCGCAAAGAGUAUCUGGCUCAAACGUAGGUAAUAAGAUCGGAAGAAACCACUACCGUCAGUAAACGAGCAA